GCAGCUGCCGGAGCCAAUCGCGUGGCGACGGCUCUGAGCCCCCCCCCCAGCCCCCACCGCGUGCCCUCAGGUGCGGUGGUCGCAGUUCGACUCCAGUCGAGGCGCCGCUGGCGGCAGAGGAGGCGGAGGAGCUCUCGGCGCCCGCGCUGUACAGUCGAGAGGAAGCGGGGACGUUCACCGGGCGGAGCGGGGCGCCCCUUGUGACGCAACCCGUCGUGACGUUCCAGGGCCGGCAUCGCUGAGCGGCUGGCACCGUGACCAGGGGGUGAUUGAAAUCCGCUUGCUCGGCACAUCGGGGCGGCCGGCGUCCGAACCAACAGAGAAAAAUGCGAUCUGCGGGGAUCUCUCUCGUCCUCCUGCUGACUGCAGUCAUCCCUGGAGUUCACCUUCAGACAGCCGGUAAGUUCUGGCACAUCACGGACCUGCACGUGGACCCGGCGUACCAAGUGACAGAUAACCCGACGGCCGUGUGCCCCUCGUCCAGCGAUCCCGUGCUCAACCCUGGCCCACUGGGCCACUACCAAUGUGACGCGCCAUGGGCCCUCAUCCAUUCGGCGCUCAACAACAUGAAGAGGCUCCUCAAAAAUCCCGACUUCAUCCUGUGGACCGGAGAUGACACUCCACACGUGCCUGACAGUGCACUGGGAGAAGAAGCCGUCCUGGAAAUUAUCAAAAACUUAACCGACGUCAUCACGGCAGCCUUCCCUGGCGUGACCGUGUACUCCGCCCUGGGCAACCACGACUUCCACCCAAAGAACCAGCUGCCUCCGCACAACAACACCAUCUACUCCCGAGUGGGAAGCAUGUGGCAGCACUGGAUGGCGCCAGAGUCCCUGGGCACCUUCCACAAGGGAGCCUACUACUCCGAGAAACUGGUGGGCAGGGCGGGCCAGCGCAUCGUGGUGCUGAACACGAACUUGUACUACGCCAGCAACGCACAGACCGCCGGCCUCGCCGAUCCUGCCGGGCAGUUCGACUGGCUCGACAAAGUCUUGACCAACGCCAGCGUCAACAAGGAGAAGGUGUUCAUCAUCGGCCACGUGCCCCCCGGCAUGUUUGAGAAACUCCGCGACAAGGCGUGGUUCACGGAGGAGUCCAACCGGCGCUACGUGCAGCUGGUGCUCAAGCACCACGCCGUGAUCGCCGGGCAGUUCUUCGGGCACCACCACACGGACAGCUUCCGCCUUUUCCGGGACGAGCGGGGCAACGCCGUGAGCUCCAUGCUCAUCGCCCCGGGAAUAACGCCCUGGAAGACCACGCUGCCUGGCGUGGACGAUGGCGCCAACAACCCCGGCAUCCGAGUGUUCGAAUACGACAAAGCCACUCUGCAGCUCCAGGAUAUGCUCACGCACUACAUCGACCUGCAGACGGUAAACAGCGGCAACUCGGAUCCCGCGUGGAGCCAGGAGUACAGCCUUCGCCGGGACUUCUCGGUGCCAGACGCGUCCACUGCCGCGCUCGACUCCCUGCUGCAGAAGAUGAACGCAGACUCGGACUUGUUCCAAAAGUACUACGACUUCAACUCGGUGAGCUACGACAAGAGGGCAUGCGACGCGGCGUGCCGGGACGACCACUACUGCGCCAUCGGGGAGGUGGACUUUGAUGCCUACGAGAGGUGCUUUGACCUCCGGAGCGCGGCGCCUCCUCGCGCGCCCCUUGGCCCCGCGAUCACGCUCCUCGUGCUGUCUCUCACCACCCUGGGUUAGUCAAUUCAGAGAACCGGUGCACGUGAUUGAAAUGCUAGGAUUAAAACCCUCACCACCGGUAGAAUUCUUCUUUCGUACGGCCUAUGAAGGGCAACUAUUUGGAGAUUCAGAUGAAAGCGAUUUAGCGAACCAAUCACGUUGACUGGGUGAAUUGUCGAUGCAACCGCCCACUGCUCGCCGUCUGUUUGGGGUACUGGGAGGUGUUGUGGUUCAUGGGUUGGAGUCCGAAGCAGCAGUCGCACGCAGGACGUGUUCGAUUUGCCACUCGUGCAUCAGGUUUUUGUUUUAUUGGCACUGGUAAAACCCAUUGGGCAAUGAGUAACUUGCACGGGGAACUGGUUUCACCAUAUACAUCUGUUUACAGCAUCUCCCAUGGUUUGUGGUUCCGGUGAAGCGGCCCAAAUCUUUGCCAGUGACACCGCCGUAUAACAUUUCUAUUAGAGGCUGCACACUGCCGCCAAACAUAAAACAGUACAUUGCAUAUCGGACUCGCAGCCCAAGGUAUCGCUAGAUGUGCGAACGUACAUUAACCGUCACGGUGCAGGCUCCUGGCCAAAGAAAAAAAAUGCUUGAAGCAAGAUGCAGUUUAGAAGCGAAUGUACGCGAGAUUAUAAAACUAUAAAAAAAAUAAUCUUUAACAUCUAAGAGUUGCGCCACAAAAUGACUGGGUGUGGGUGGAUAAUUGGUUCGGGCGGAUGUGUGACGUACUGUGCGCACAACACGCCAGAUGGGUGCUUUUGAAGAAUUAACUUAAGUGCCAUUGCCCGCAAGGUUAAUGAAGGUAGCGAGUUUUUAUAAAUCGUAGUUGUACACCACCGCCUAUGCAAGGUCUUAAAUUGUUUUUUAUUUAAAUAUGAAAUGCCUUGUAAAUGUAACUUGAUUCUUCAGAAUUUAAGUCGUCGGUUUCCAGACCAAACAUGGAUUUGCAUAGUUUCACUAUUGGGUUGUUUGUAGCAUCUUACAAAGCAACUUUAUAACCCAGGAAAUGCUUACCUUCUAUAAUUAUAAUGGGCGAAACUUAACAUUGACAGUGUACCAAAUCCAUUUCUGGUAAUAAGUGGGUAGAAAAUAUUUGCCCAUGUCUGUCAUCGCUAACCAACACUUGAAUGUAAUUAAGGGAAAUAAUAUGAAUACAAAACACGUAAGACAUUCUAAUGAGCUACUUUUCCACAGCACGUGGUCAAUAAAGGCACGCGAGACGAAGUGUUA